AUGGGAAAACGCGUUUGUAUAGUUUUUAAUUGCCGAAAUGGGCUGGAAUGUAUGAAAAAGCAAAACAAAGAAAAUGGAAUUAAGAAUAAAAGUCUUUUUAGAGCACCUAAAGACAAAAAAUUGUUGGAUCGUUGGACUGCAAAUUUAGGUCAGUUGAAGAGACCACUUACUGAACAUAGUUUUGUUUGUGAGGAACAUUUCAGCAUCGAAGAUGUUUUUCGUUCAAACGAUGUUUUAUUGAGUGAUGGUACAGUACAUCGUACUGAAAGAAUAAUACCGAAAUUGAGACAAAAUGCUAUUCCGAUAGUUGGCAAGAAUUAUUCAGAAAAGAAGUCCAAUGCUGAACAUGAUCUUUUAUAG